UUGAUGUUUUGUGUAUAAAGCCAACGAUUUAUUUAUGUUAUGCAGUUCCACGUUCUCCUUUUGAUAAACGAAAAUUUUUAUAAUCUGAAUGUGUUCUAUUACAUUAGGUAACAAAGCUAUUUCGACUGAAUAUUCAGAUGAUAUCGAUGAGUUCUUCCGCCUAAAUCUGAAUAUUAUAAAACAUUUCCAUAAUGGCCACCAAUUUAGAAAAUGACAGAUUGAAUAUACGAAUUGAGAUUAAAAAUAAUGCUCCAGAGCCGAUGGAUAUAGACGAGUUAGAAGAAAAUAAGAGUGAAGAAGAAGGCGAAAUCAGAGAUACUUCUUUAAGUGAUGCAAUAAAUUUGAAAACGUCGAACCAUGUAAGUUUCUAUCAGUUACCUCUGUUAAAUAAGAGGAAUGUGAAGGAAGACUUAGGUAAUUUCAUUGAAUUGGAUAAGAAGAAACUACAAGACAGGGCAAAAAGGUUUUCCCUCAAACCAGAUGAAAUAAACAUAUUUAGUGAAGAAGAUUUGAAUGAGUUGUAUAUCAGUUUAGGGAUAAAUUCAGAAAAUAUCGAUCAAAUCAGAUUUGAAGCUGUACAUUUGAGAAGUUCUGAUAACUUAACUUUCAAAGAUGUUGCGACUUAUUUCAUGAAAUAUGCUCCCACUUCUGUUGAGAUGAUAGAUGAUGAAAGCUAUAACCUUGUUUGGGAAAGUAAGUUGGGUGCAGCCAGAGCACUAUUCUUCAGAUCACAAGUUGUUCGAGGUAUGCCUGUGCGAGCUGUGUCGGAACAUGUAAUUGAUAGCUUCAUAUUAGAUGACCCAGAAACUAAUAAGGAAUCAUCUAUUCUGCUGAAUGAGAAUCGUCAAGUAGAAUUAGCAGAUGAUAGUGCUGAAGAAUAUAAUAAAAUAGUUAACAGUAAUUCAGUUGAUAUUUCUGCUAUCAAUAUACCAAUACCACCAGGAUAUUGGAGACUAGGAAAGGAGGAUAUUAAUUCCUACUCUGUUUUAUUGAGAUUCUCAAUGGUAACUGAUAAAAAACCACAAUUGAUCGAGAAAUGUAAUAAAUAUUUUAAGAAUCCUUUUUCAAAAGAUCGUUUAGAUCAGCCAAACAAAGGAAUUUUUUCUAGAAAUAAGGACAUUAGGUCAGACACUGUAAAUAAAGAUCCCUGGGGAAUUUUAGCCAAAACAUGGAAUGAGGAUUAUAAAUUCAGGGAACAGGAACGAUACAAGGAUACCCAGUCAAUAGAAGAUAAACUGCUACCUCAAAUAUCAGUCAACCCUGAACUUAGAGUGCGAUUAACUGCAAAGCGACGGCUAGGUGAGAAACAAAGUGAUGAUACUAAACAAUCUUCUUCGGAAAAAGAACAGAGUGAGGAAUCAGACAGAGAAAAUAAGAAGAAGAUUACUAAAGUGCCAAGAAUGCGUAUGUAUGCAGAUGAAGAAGAAGAAAAAAUUAAAAGGAGAAAACUGCUUCAUACAUUAAAGAAACAAACUGAGAAAAUUGAAAAAACAGAGAUUGCAAAUACUGACCUAAGAAAUAUACUGAGGAUAACAAAUAGAAAGGCAAAAGCAAGUGUUGAAACCUAUGAAGAUUUGGAUUUAUCUUUGAAUUUGAAGAAUAGGAGAAACAAACUUGUUUUCACAGUAGCCCAAGAUGCUUCUGAAAAAAGAUCAGAAAAUCACAUAAGAAACCAUUCAGAGAGAAUACCAAACAGGGCGAGACAGACAAGGUCACCUAUUCGUUUUAAAAAGAAUUCUCCUGAACCAGUCGAUUCCUUGAGAAGAGAGACCAGUGGUCGUCAGAGAAAUUCUGUUAGAAGACAAAAUAGGAAAAUAUCAGUAGGAAGUUUGUAUUCAACUAGAGAAGAGACUGAUGAUUAUUACUCACAUAAACCAAAAAGUAAAGUUGCCUUGGUUAUCAAGACGCAGAAAAAACCGAGUGUAGCAUCAACUGUCAGAUCAAGAAAUCGAAAAUAUGACACAACUUCAUCUUCAAGUGAUAAAGACAGUUCCAGCGAAAGUAGCGGAAGUGAAGAAAGUUCUGAAGAGUCGGAUUCUUCAAGUUCUGAGGAUUCAGAUUCUAGGAGUAAACAGCGUUCUCGCACUCAUUCACAAACGAGCAGAUUGAAAUUUAAAGUGAAGAAAGAGAAUGAAAGAAAGUGAAGAAAACAGAAUUAAAAGUGGAACCAUAGAAAGUUAUAUCUGAUAGGAUCACAUCCGGAGCAUGGAGAUGCAUACAUGAUAAUAUUCAGAUUUCAUUUGGAAUAUCGGCAUUCUAAUGGUUUACAAUUUUUUUUAACAAAUAUUUAUACCAAAUUUGAAAAAUGAGUGUAUAUUUCUGAUAUAUGAAAUUUAUAAUUUUGUUCAAAUACAUUAACAUAUAGACAUAAGACAAUAGAAGUUUAUCUAAGUGA